AUGAGUGAGACAUCUUCUUGGUCGACACUUCAGAUGCUGCCUACACUGCGUCCGAGCGCGGUUGGCUCGCCUCCACACGAUUCCUUGAGUUGUGAUUUUGCCCAUCUGAAAUCUUCUCAUAUUGGCAGCAAGAGCAGCCGAAGAACGAGUGGAGGCCGUUUUCGUCUAUCGGAGCCCGCCUAUUUUGCGUCUUCUGACGUCGGAACUUGUUGCAGUCGCUCGGGCAUUGUCGGAGCUUGCAUUCAAUCUCCCCGCCAACUCAUCUUUCUUGUGAUCUUCUCCAUUGUCCACAAUGCUCUGUACCCAUGUGCCGCUGCACAUGACCUGGCGCCUUCAACAGACUCAGAGUCGGUCGGGAUGUCAUCAAGGGACCUGUGCCGCAGUGUGUGCACCGGCUGCAUUGCCGGCUCGCUGUCCUGCCAAAGUGGUGGCCUCAGCCAAAUGCCGACACAUUUGGAGGCUGGAAUAGAUAAGGUGGGAAAAAAAUUGGACAAUCUUUUUAAGAAAUGUGUGGAUAAACGUUUGAAAUAG